CGCGUCGAGUGUAAGCUGCACGUUGAGGUCGUCGCCAACAAGCCCUUUCAUCAAACUACAAACUCAUUGCAAGCUUAGGGUCAUCGUCCCAGCUCUGAUUCCUGGCUGGCCUAUUCUGAUGACAAUGUGAAACCGUCCAUCGCUACCGUAGCCUGAUAUUCUCAUAUCGCGAUGUCACGACCCGCGGUAACGAGCCGGAAAUCGGCUAAAAGCGAAUACAUUGAGACCGAUUCACUGAAUAAAGUGUCGCGUCGCACUUGCAUCUCGGGCACAGCCAACAUUACUCUCGCCGGCCGAACAGUCGUCCAAGCUGACGUGCAUCUUCGUGGAGAUCUUCAUCGCCUGAAUCACCCAACUGCACAACAACCUACCACGACGAAACCAGCAUCAGUUGGCCCAAGCAUCUCUGUUGGAAAAUGUGUUGUGGUGAGCUCGGGAUCAGUCUUGCGUCCGCCGAGCAGAGUCAGCAGAGGCAUUGUCCAGUUCUAUCCGAUGAAGGUCGGCGACCACGUCUUUAUAGGUUCGAAUACGCAUGUUUCAUCUAUCAGCAUCGCAUCUCACGUUCACAUCUCCGAAAAUUGCAUACUGCACCCAUUCAGCAUCAUUAAUCAAAAUGUUAAGAUAUUACCGAAUACGAUUGUCCCCGGGCAGAUGGUAGUCCCCGCCAAUUCGAUGAUCGGCGGUCAGCCAGCUCGAGUGGUUGGUGAAGUUGGAGAAGGGUGGGGGGUGAGUACAGGGGGUGCUGGUGGCGAAUGGGUCGAGGGUGGAGAGCUCAGAGAGCUUGUUCGAAGCAUCAG